CUUUCUGUUUACUGUUGGAAACAAAAGCUAGAGUCCAUUCAUAUGCCUGCCUAGUUGCACUGAAUGUUAUAGGACUUCUAGAGUAAGUGGAGUUAAACUGAAAACUCACAAACCAAUUGAUAGCAAACAGAAGGCAGUAUGUCACACACAGCAGAAUACAACAUAGUCCUAUGACAGCUGUUUGGAUUGUGUCAAACAUAUAUAUGACACAAGUCAGCCAUAGGUCUGUAUAAUCUCAACUUUAUUUACUUAUACUUCACUCUUUCUCCAGAGUUCAAGGCAGUAUACAUGGUUCUCCCACACCUUCCUUUUAAUUUCAAAACAUUGUGAGAUAACUUAGAUUGAGAGAGACUGGCUCAAGGUCACCACAUGCGACUUAUAGCUGAGUGAAGAUUUGAACUGGUCUCCUCAUUCUAGGCCAUUAAACUGUGCUGGUUCUCAUUUAAGACCCUUCUUCAGGCUCUUUCAUUAUGAUAUCUGACAACAAAUUAACCUUUUUAAAUAGAGCCUCAGUUCACAGAAGCAGCUGUGUGAUGAUCAUUUUAAAUUGAAAACAUGUGGAAAUAGCUUCUGUUCGUAUGAAGCAGUUUUCAUGUGGCUUACCACUCAGAUUUUACAACAUCACUAUCCCGUCUCUCCAGUAAAGAGGGCUGCAGGGUUGGAGAAAUUUUCAUGGUGGAAGCAAUAGCAAAUAGCUCAUUAUGCAGUGUCUGUCUGCAGUUUGAAUUUAAAGCUGCUAUCAAUAUGCACAUCUUCAUCUUAUGGCAAAGAAAUAGAGGGCAUUUCUGCAAGUAUGAUGUCUUAUUUUAUUUGUGCAUUCUGUUCUAUCUCCACUGAACUGUCAGUGAUAUGAAAAAGAAAAGUGUAUGAAUAAUUUAUGUUUUAAAGUCUCAUUUUAAAAGGGGCAGCAAAGGACAAGAAAUCGGGUGAAGCAGUUUCUCAAUUUCAUACCCAGUUGUUUUCAAACUCAGAAUCAUUGCUGAAAAUAUUGCUGCAUUUCCUUCCAGAUUAAUAUAGCACAGCUGCUCCUCCUCCUCACUUUAUUCUUCCACCCUCGACCUUAAAACUCCCUCCACCAUCACCACCUGAUUGUCAAACUCUGGAGUCUCCAGAAAGAAUAACGACUUCGAGGUCUAAGGGCUUCCUUCCAAACUUGGUAUUUUGAACUUCUGCAUAAGUGACGAGACCGCUGGUGUAAUUUGAGGAGAGAGAGAGAGAGAGAGAGAGAGAGAGAUCCUAGGGCCAAAAGCCAAGCUUCCGCGUAGCCACCAAUCCAGAUGUAGACGAAAAAGAGUAGCUGGAAGCGGCUGUUGCCGCCGCCGCCGCCGCUUCAGGCAGAUCUAGUCCCAGUCUGGACGCGGGCGCUCUCUUUCUCUGCUGCUGCUCGGAGGUACCACUGCGUGGGAGAGAAUCAAAGCAGGAGGAAAAACGUGGUGAGGUGGAUGGGAAACUCGAACAGAAAAGGGACAGAAGAAACUCCUCCUUAGGGCUUGCUCUGCUGUAUUUAUUUGUCGCUUUUCUUUCCCUGGCGGGGGUAGAAGCAGAUACUCCCGUGGAUGAACCGGGUGCAAGCGAGCUCUGUCCAAGGGAGGGCGCCUCCGAAGUGUCAGGGAGCCCCGUGAACGCUUCCCAAUGACGCCCCGCGCGGAGGGCGCCCGCGGCCAGAGGACUUGAUCUGUCCCCGCUCAGGAGCGCUCGCCGUUCUCCCUCUGCCUGGGGAGCGCCGUCGGGCAGCCUCCCUUUCCACGCGCCGGGAUGGGGCUCGCGCUGCGCUUGCUGUGGCUGCUGGGCUGCUGGGCCAGCCUGGGCCGCGGCUACUUCGACGGGCCGCUCUACCCGGAGAUGUCCAACGGGACGCUGCACCAUUACUUCGUGCCGGACGGGGACUACGAGGAGAACGACGACCCGGAGAAGUGCCAGCUGCUCUUCAGGGUGAGCGACCGGCUGCGCUGCGCGGCGGGCGGCGAGGUGCAGCCGCGGCUGCCGCCCCACGCGGCGGCGCCCGGCCUGACGCUGCGCGAGGAAUUCACCAUCCUGGGCCGGCAGGUGGAGGACGCGGCGCGCGUGCUGGACGGCAUCCGCAAGAGCAUCUCCUACGACCUGGACGGCGAGGAGAGCUACGGCAAGUACCUGCGCCGCGAGUCCACGCAGAUCGGCGACGCCUACGCCAACUCGGACAAGUCGCUGGGCGAGCUGGAGAACAAGUUCCGGCAGGGCCAGGAGCACGAGAGCCGCGAGGAGAGCCGCCUCAGCGAGGACUUCCUGGGCAUGCUGGUGCACGCGCGCGCCCUGCUCAAGGAGACGCUGGCCGUGUCGGCGGGCCUGCGGGACAAGUACGAGCUGCUCGCGCUCACCGUCCGCAGCCACGGCGCGCGCCUCAGCCGCCUCAAGACCGAGUACCUGCAAGGCUGACCGCCCCGGCCGGCCGGAUCGCCCUGCGCGCGUCCCGCACAGCCCGCGCCAGCCAGCCCGCCCGCGCACGCGCAGCCGCCCCUGCGCGCCCCACGCCGGCCACGUGCUGCAGCCCCGCUGUGCACGCCGUGCAGGCCGCCCUCCUCCUCCUCGUCGUUGCUGUCGUUAGUGCCCCUUAUUCCCAGGGCUGGCCCCGCCAUUGCAAGUUUCCAGUGCUACGAAAGGGCCGCACAUUGCUAGUUCUUUACUUUGUUGUUGUUGUUGUUAUACAUGCAUAUGUGUAUUGCUGCCAGUUGUGGGGAGAAAUGCCUAUGGGAUUGUGUACAUCAUGCUCCUUGGGCAUUCUAUAACUUAGGGCUGUGGGAUGCUGUUUGUGGGCCCCCUUUGGGCAGCAAAAUGGCCGGGGGCAGCCUUUUUCCAAAUCUGGACAUGUGACUGGUAGUGGAAAAGCCAUCAUUCCCCUGCUGCUCUUUGAAAGUAUUUUAGUCUUCCUGUGUAAGCAGGAGGGGCUGUGGCUGUCCUCAGGAGACAGAUAUUUGAAAGUAUUCUUAAAGAACAACAAGCCGUCAAUUGAAUGAUUUAUCAUUUUUUAAUAUCUUGGAAGGUGCUAUUUCCGCUCUGGCACUGAAGUGUUCUGGAACAGCUCUGGUCAGCUUGUUGCCGCUGCUUCUUUUAUCUCUGGUUUCUGUGCCUUUGCCAACUUUAUGGCGUACAAAAAUCAAACCAGUGACCUGCUGUUUCACAGCUGUCAAAGGUUCAAGGGACCUAAGCUGGGGCAGGGGGAGAAGAUGGCAGUUUUGAUUUAGUCUCUUCACAGCGUUCAGCACAAUACACUGGAAAAGUGGCAUAUGCAUAAAGUGAUGAAUGGCGCAGCCCUAUGCAUGUUUAGACACAUCCUACAAUUUCGAGCUUCCCCAAACCACCAUGUCUAGCUGUGACAUGCUCAGAAUGUAGGGACUUUUCUGUCAAAGUAUGUCUAGGAUAGUGUCCUAAGGCUGCACUUAUAUAUGGCCUUACCAGGGACUACAUUCCAUCACAUUCAGUGAGGCUUGCCUCUUGGUAGACAUGUAUGGGAUUGCAUUGUUAAGCUGCAACCCUGUAGCCACUUAUCUGGGGGCAAGGCCGAUUGAACUGAGUAGGGCUUAUGUUUGAGUUGGCACGUAAAGGGUUGCGGUGUACACAGUUACAAAGCCUAUGAGAUGGUCCACUUUCAUACUCACCUUCCAGAUGUGGGUACAGAGACUGAGAUGGUGAUGUCAGUAGCAUUUGAAUCCUGUACACCUGCACGCACAAGUGCAGUCCAGUGUGGAUUGUUGGGUGGUACAACUUUCCAAAAAGUCUUCUAAGCAAAUAUUACUAUGUUUAUUAUUGGAUAGUACCUGUCAUGUGCAAGAACAUACUGGUAAUUGCUCACAAUGCAGCAGAAUUAGGUACGUUCCCACUGCUUUAAGUUUGGACUGGAACAUGGACAGGAGCCCUGAAAACUAACUCAUUGAAGCCAAGAGCUAAUUACUUGCUAACAGCUUUUCCUCAUUUCCCACUUCCUCCCCCAUCUGCAGCUAUGUGGAACUCUAAGAUGAUCCAGUAUUGCAAGAUUUUUUAAAAAUACAUAUUAUUAAUGACAAUUUAUAUAGCACUGUUAAUGUACAAAGUUGAACUCAUUUCAUUUGUUUUCACAAAAAAAUCUUACAAGGUAAGGCCACUAUUUGCCUCUUUGAGGAGCUGAGGCUGAGUGACUUAGUCUACUAUUUCACUGGCUUGCUGACUUAGAAAUGUGUAUUCUGAUCAAAGAAAGUUGGUUAUUUCAGUUUAGGUUUAGGGAUAUAAAUGUUUGCAUGGAGCUUCAAGAUAAACCUUUUUGCAUCCAUUGUGUGAUUAUGAAGGAAAUGGAAAUUCAGAUACUCAUUAGGGAAUAUUUGGAACCAGAAUAUGGUAGUUAUUAUCUUGGCAAGGUACAGGUGUGUGAUAUGUCACACAAGCCUGCAAACUACAGUCCCCUUCUGUAAUUUCAGUUUAUUUUUUGCUAGAGUCAUAGUCACCAGGGGAAAUUAGUAGCAGUUGGGACUCUAUCAUUUUUUUAAUUUCAUGCCAUUCAGAAACAGUACCUGCAACAAUGGCUUUGUAAAUUUUAUGCUGCUGGCCCCAUCUCUCUCCCUUUCUCCCUGUGAGUGUGUCCCACAUACACAGUGCACAAUACAUAACUCUGCUAAGUUUGCUGAGAAUAUUCUGAUAUCUGGGAAUCUGUUGCAUCAACUAUGACUUUUGUAUCACAACUCCCUUAAAAAUAAGGGGCAGUCCUUAAAAUAUGAACCCCAGUGGCCUCCUAGGAAAACUGUGCCAGACUUGAAGCAAUACCUCCCAUCCUUUCCCCUCCUUCCCUUUUCUGCAAGAAUUGUUUUAAAUGCUGUAAAGGGAUUUAGCAUAGUUGGAAGCUACUCUUGAGUGUAGCUUGGCUUCCUCCAGGAUGUAGAUUUCCUGCCUGCUAGGAAAGAACCCAGCUGGAUUGCCAGUAACAGCCAGAAACUGGAAUCAAUGCAUUAUUCCUAAGACUGCCAGAUCUACAUUUCAAAAGUAAGGGGUGUUUCAUAGCUCUGGUAUCCACAGAAUAAAGUUCCAUCAGAGCAGCUGAGCAUCUUUAAAUUCACAUUUCUUUUGUUAUGUGGUAUGACAAUCCUUAGAAAAAAAACACAGGACUUUUUGGAAAUGGUACUGCAGGGUCAGAACAGAUAGAUUUAAAGAGAAACUGGGAAGAGCUAAGAAACCUUUAUGACUAAGGCAGAAUGGUGAUAGAUUUCCAAUCUAAAAGAAGUGACAAAAACUGUCACUACUUCCUUUGUGCCAGGAGCUUUAUUGGUAAUUCUUACUGGUCACAAUAAGAACUUUUGCCUUUUCGGAAGAUCUGAUUGGGGCUCCUAGAGCAAGCAGAACAGAGAAAGGCUCUGAGACCUUGAAGAGGAGGAAGAACCUAAAAAGACAAAGGCAGAAUAUAGAGCAGAAAACAGUUUUCUCUCCCUGUUUCGUUUUGCAGCUACCUAGGCACUGGAGAGAGAGAAGCUUCCUGCAGUGACUUGGUUCCAAGCAACAGCAGCCUUUACUUUACUAACAUUGCUGCAAAACCUCUUUCCCUUGUGGCCUACCUCAAAAUCCUCACCAGUUGGUUUUUCUGCAAUAUUGUCCCAUUGAGCUCAAUGGAAAAAAUAAGAAGCACUUUAAUCUCUUCCAGUGAACACAAUGACAUUUCAAAAUGUUUGAUUUUCUUGGGAUUGUGCACACAGUUAUUUGCUUUUAGGCCCCUCCCUAAGUAUUGCUUAGCUAUCACAGCAACAUCAAGUCAGAACUUUGUCCUUGCAAAAAAUGUAACUUAUGAAUGUGAAGUUUUGCCACCUAGAACUUUAUAAGAUCUAUGAGACAUUCACCCUGUAAGAGUUCACCAACAGACUUUUGCUUUUCAGGAUGAUAUUUAUUAAGUUUACUUUUUGGUUUACUAUUUCUUAAAGGUAUACGUUGUAAAUGGUAUGCAGCAAAUAUGUAUGAAGCUGAAAUCUAGAAGUAUUAAGUAUUCUAAUAUUUAACAACUAUUUUGUAUUCCAUUAUGUAACUUUAAUUGCAGAUAAUACAUCUGGACUGUGUUUUCUGUUUUUUGUUGUAAAAGCAUCCCUCAGUAUUACCACAAUAACUAUGUGUGUGGAUAAACCGAGAAACGUUUGAUUCACAUCCAGAUCUAUAGGUAUUAGACUGCAUUGGUCUAGGUCUUCCUUUGUUUGUUGGGCUUUUCUUUCUGAUUUGGAUAUAGAUCUUUGAGCUGACACCCUUGGUAUGAAGUGCAGCUCACCUCAGCUAGCAAUCUGAAACUGGCAUCGGCUACACACCGGUGCCCACUUACUCAUACAUGUAACAAGUGUUAUUCGUAUUUAGGAUUCAUACGUCAUACUGUGAUUAAGACAACAGUGAACAAACCAUUUGGGCUGCAGUUCUACAUGCAGUUGGUCAGUUGAGUUUCAGUUGCUUAAUUCGAACAGUCUUGCAACUUAUUGUGAGUAUGCCUGAAACUGAAGGGAAGUCGGUAAAAUCAUGUCAGAGUCAGCAGUCUGGAGCUUGAACAGUCAGUUAACAGGUGUUUUUUUUUCUACUUUAAAAACAAAAUACCCCUCAGUUAAGUCUUUAAAGCUGUGAUUUCCUUCCUUCCUUCUUCUUUGUAAAUAAAACAAGACAUUGUACUUUU